UGAGCGGGUACGGUGAAGCCAGUUCUUGAUCGGCGUCUGUAAAGUGUGCACGUACAAAAUGCAUAAGCUCACUUUGUUCAUCUUGGCGGCAGUGUUUGCCGUAGCCCUCGCAGGACAGUACUAUGUUCCUCGCGCGUACUACACCAUAGACGCUGAAGGCCACGAGUCUGCGCAUGUACCGCUGCGUCGUCUGCGCCGGUCCUUGCAACCCUACCCCUACACAGCUGAAGCCCACGCCAGCGCCAACGCUGAAUCUCAUGGAGGUGGUCGAGCAUCUGCUAACGCGAACGCGAAUGCUAACAGCGGCAGCUGGGAUCUUCCCUCACAACAAUACGGCGCUAGUAACCCUGCCCUGCUAAGUUCUGGUAUGACGCGUCGUCAGUAUGGUCCAGCAUUGGGACAGGCAGUGAUCGCCAGCACAUCUGUGGGAGUGAACAGCAACGGACAAGGCUAUUAUGACCAGAUAGCUUCGGUUCACUAAAUAUUACUUUCCUUUUUGUUUGUCAAAUCAUUGCGUAAGCUAUACGUAGGUACAGGUUUAAUUCCCGAGUGAUUAGGUUGCUUACAAGCAUCAUCAAGGUUUAUUGUUUCCUCAUUACCAUUUAGGUGAGAUGGCAGUCAAAGGCUGACCUAUUA